UAUACCCCUUGCCCCUACUUGAUAGGAUGCAGCUCAGCAGCCCCGUCGGGAGGCUCCUUGAGGUGAGGAUGCUGAUGAUUAGUUCCCGUGACGUCACCAAAGUCUUCCCCCGCCUCGCCAGAUCUCACCCCUCCUCCGCAGAGACCAGCAUCACGGAUCAGACCCGAAGCUCAGGCAGGCAGGAGUGGACUGAAAGUGGCCGCCAUCGUGUCUGCUGUCAACUGUUGAUUAUUGCUUCUGUCAAUGACUCUUGGAAGGUUUAUGAACAACCGUGUUCCUUCUAACAAGAGAUACCAGCCCACUGACUAUGAGCAUGCAGCCAACUGCGCCACGCAUGCGUUAUGGAUAAUCCCCAGCCUGCUGGGCAGCUCCCUGCUGCACUUCCAGUCGGAAGACCAAUGGGAGCGCGUGUCGGCCUGGGUGUACGGGGCGGGUCUCAGCUCCCUCUUCACCAUCUCCACCCUCUUUCACACUGUGGCCUGGAAGAAGAGCCACCUACGGAGUGUGGAGCACUGUUUCCACAUGUGUGACAGGAUGGUGAUCUAUUUCUUUAUUGCUGCCUCUUACGCUCCUUGGCUGAACCUCAGAGAACUUGGUCCCUGGGCCAUCCACAUGCGCUGGCUGGUGUGGGUCAUGGCACUGUCGGGAACCACCUACGUCUUCUUCUUCCACGAGAGGUACAAGAUCAUGGAGCUUAUCUGCUACACGGUGAUGGGCGUCUUUCCCGCCUUGGUCAUCCUCUCCAUGCCGGAACAGUCAGGCUUGUGUGAGCUGCUGGUGGGUGGAGCCUUCUACUGUCUGGGCAUGGUCUUCUUUAAGAGCGACGGCAUCGUGCCCUUCGCUCACGCCAUUUGGCACCUCUUUGUGGCCAUGGGGGCGGCCGUGCACUACUACGCCAUCUGGAAGUACCUCUACGCCCGACCCGUCAGCCCUGUCCGGACGUCCAGAUGACAGCGUCGCUGAUCCCUCCGACUACCGGCCCCGCUAUAGAACAUUCCGGGCCACUUCUAAGUGGCUGCAGUUUCCUUCCGGGGGCGUGUUGGCUGGUCUGGGAGCAUCUGCAGGUCCACAUUCAGUGUCUUUGUGUCAACUGUUUACACUCGCUGUGUUGGCUUUGCUGUUUAUUUCCAUAUCGCAGCGCGCUUGAUGGUGUUUGUGGUGUUCACAACUUACUUUGACGCCGAUUUGCCCAUAUAGAGGGUGUCCAAAGUGAGGCCUGGCGGCCAUUUUUUGGCUUUCGGCAUAUGAAUGAAACUGAAACUCUCAUUUGCUCCGUCACCUGAAACACGAAGCUAACAUGUUCUGUUCAGAUAUAGCCAAGCGUCGUUUCAUUGCUUUUAGCAACUUUAAUGUCGAAAAUGUAUCAGUGUGGCCCCCACAUCCUUCAGUUUUUCAAAAGUUUGGUUUACAGUCGUCCCUCGCUAUGUCCCGGUUCAAACAUCGCUCCCUCUCUCUAUUGCGUUUUUUCCUAAAUGAAUGAAUAAUUGAUUGCUGUUUUGUGGUUGAAUACACAUAUAUACAUAUAAAUGUAUAUUUUAGCCACUUGUACUUAUUCUUUGUGUAAAUUAGGCAUUUGCAAGCGUACAAUCGCUAAAUCAGCUAAAAUGCAUAUACAAGGCAGAAGAAGCAUUGUACUGUAAUUGUGGAUGUUAUAUUCACCAUUGGCCACUAGGGGUCAGUCAUUGUUUGAUGAGACAGGCACUCCUCACUAAGGUUCCCAAGGGAACAUAUUUACUGUGACACCUGCUCAAACAGGAGUUUUACUGACGUCUUAAAUGGCUUAUUUACUCUUGUUUUGUCUACUGUAUUGGGUAAUAGGAGUAUAAAGCCAUUUAGUCUGUUGUAUCUUAUUUAUGUUGUAUUUUCAUCUACUAUAUUAGGUAAUCAGGCGACUAUAUGGGUGUAAUUCCAUGUAUAUUUAUUAUUUUAUUUAUUAACAUUUUCUAUUUAUUAAUAUUUAAUCCUAAUCUGGUCUGGGUCCAAUGAGCCGCGAUAAACGAGGGACGACUUAUUGUGUUUUUUUUUAUGGCAAACACACCGAUAUAUUUAUAUUUGUAAUCAGUGUGCUUCCAUAUAAGCAGGUUAGUUUCUGACCACAGUAUGUACUACAGUGUUUACGCAGGACAGUAAGGGGGGGUGAUUUUAUGCUUUAUUUGAUUCAGGGGAAAGUCGACACUGCCACUUCUUUUGGUGGUUUGUUUUUACUGCCACAAGUGACACGCGCCACAUGUUGAAGUGCACCCAGAGCUCCAUAUCGUGUGUUCUGAAACCUUCAAAGUCCCGUUUACGUGGCACAUUUGAUGGGAAAGUGAAACGGUACAGUUGGUAUUGUUGAACAAUCUGGCCCGAUAUGAAGCCAUCUCAGGUGUGUGUGUGUGUGUGUGUGUGUUAUAUCAUCCAAAGCCUCUCUGGUCUAUGUUUACACAUGAAUGCAUGACUUCAAUGAAACAGGAUGUGUAUAUACUAGUUAAGAAACUGUGUAAUGUUUCAAACAUGCCUGGAGUUGAGCAUCUUUCCCAGCAGCAGCAGCAGCAGCAGGAGGCUACCUCUCAGGAUUUUUGCAUCAUCGGAUCACUGCAGAAGCUGCUUCCCUUUAAGUCCACAUUCCUAAGUACGGCACCGUACAGCUGUCCCAAACAUCCUUUGAUUAUCAUUUAUAAUAAUAAUAAUAAAAAAUUUUAAUAUAAUAAUAAAAUUAUUAUCAAUUAUAUCAUUAUAAUACUACUA